AUGUCUGACUACAAGCCAACCGAGCACGACGGUCUCCGCAAGGACGGCCAGCCCGACAAGCGUGUCCAGCAGACCGAGUUCGCCCACGGCAAAGUCGACCCCGUCGAGGCCGGCAAGAAGGGUGGCCACAGCAGCGGAGGCGGCAACUCUGACUCCAGCUCCGGAGGCAGUGACGCUCCCCAGGGCGCCGCUCACCUCGGUGGCGAGGGUCUCCGCAAGGACGGCCAGCCCGACCAGCGCUUGAAGAUGAACAAGGACUCUUGA